AUGAGUCAAUCAUUUCUCUCCCGCCGGGCACAAGAUGUCGUCGACGCUGGAUCCGAGAAUCCCAUGUGGGACGUGAUGAAGGACCUGUGGGACCCAUCCACAAACCCCAACGGAUAUGUCAACGUGGGCGUAGCAGAGAACACCCUGAUGCACUCCGAGCUCUUAAAAUUUAUCAACAGGAAGCUCGAGCUACCGGCAAAGUACCUCACAUACAACGACGGCGGAUGCGGCUCUUUCAGAUUGAAGGCCUCCAUCGCCGCCUUCUUGAACCACAAUCUGAAGCCAGUCACGCCUCUCGAGCCGAGUCAUGUCAUGGCGACCAAUGGUGUCUCGUCUGCAGUCGAGCAUGUUGUGUGGACAUUCGCUGAUCCCGGCGAGGGAAUCCUGCUAGGAAGGCCGUACUACGGCAUGUUCAUUCCUGAUAUCUCGCUGCGUUCGCGGAGCCCCGUUGUCCCUGUCAGUUUCGGAGAACACGAUCCUCUCGGCCUCGGCGGCGUGGAUAAGUACGAAGAAGCAUUGCUGGAGUUCCAUCGAACAACCGGAAAGAAAGUCAAGGCUUUGAUGCUAGCCCAUCCUCAUAAUCCACUCGGACGAUGCUAUUCCAGGGAUGUGCUCAUUAAGUUGAUGCGCCUCUGUCAGAAAUACCAAAUCCAUUUCAUCAGUGAUGAAAUCUAUGCGCUUUCUGUCUUUGAAAAUACUGUCGAUGAAUCCCCACCACCUGUCAAAUUCGAAUCUGCCCUCUCUAUCGAUCUGACUGGGAUCAUUGACCCUUGUUUGGUUCAUGUCCUCUGGGGUAUGAGCAAAGACUUUGGCGCAAACGGCAUCCGACUCGGUGUCAUCAUUUCUCAGGCCAACCGUGAUGUUCAUGCGGCGUUGGUGGGCCCGGCGCUUUAUUCUUAUGCUUCUGGAAUCACAGAUCACUUGACUUCUCUCAUGCUUGAAGACUUUGAAUUCACCACUCGGUAUAUUCAGCAAAAUCAGAAGUUGCUCUCAGAAUCCUAUGCAUACACGGCGAACUAUCUGAAAGACCACGGAAUUGAAUAUGCAACAGGAUGCAAUGCGGCAUUCUUCGUCUGGAUGAACCUGGGAAAGAGGUACCGCGAGCUUCACCCAGGGGAUGAGAGUGAGGAUAUUGGGGAACGGGUCAUGCAGCGUCUUUUGCAAAAGAAGGUCUUUUUGGCCAGCGGGUUUUUGUUCGGAUCGGAGAAGGAUGGCUGGUUCCGAAUUGUGUUUACUCAGGGCCAUGACCAUUUGAGUGUGGCCUUGGAAAGGAUAAGCGCGGCACUUGAGGAAUAG